AUGACUGAAUUCCCAAUCUCUUUGAACGAUCCCACACUGUUAGACUCUCGGGGGCUGAUAAACGGUGAAUGGCGGGAUGCUAUCGACCUGAAGACGUUUCCUGUCUAUGAGCCAGCUACAGCCAGUGUGCUUUACCCAUGUGCGGACUUUGGACGUGAAGAAUUCGUCGAAGCAAUCAAUGCAGCACACGUUGGCUACAAGAGCUUUUAUAAAGAUACAACCGCCAAAGAGCGGGCACAGCUUCUUCGGCGAUGGAAUGAUCUUAUAAUUGAGAACUCGGAAGACUUGGCCAAAAUCUUAUCUCUGGAAAAUGGGAAGACUCUGGCCGAAGCCAAAGCAGAAGUAGCCUACGCGGCAUCCUUUGUCGCCUGGUUCGCCGAAGAAGCCGUUCGCAACUACGGCGAUGUGAUUCCUUCGUCUUAUGUGAAUACGACCGUUCUCACUUACAAGGAGCCUGUUGGGGUGUGUGGAAUUAUCACUCCGUGGAACUUCCCUGCCGCCAUGAUUACUCGCAAGAUUGCCCCGGCAUUUGCGGCUGGUUGUUCCGUGGUGAUCAAGCCUCCAAGCGAAACACCUUUUACUGCUAUUGCACUCGCCAAACUGGCAUUAAAGGCCGGUAUUCCCUCCUCGGUCAUUCAUGUGAUCCCCACCAAGGACCGCAAGGCUUCGCUGGAGCUAGCUAUCAAUCCGCUUGUGCGCAAGAUCAGCUUCACCGGGUCAACAGCCGUUGGCAAAAUGCUGACCAAACUGGCAUCUGGCACGAUGAAGAAAGUGAGCAUGGAGCUUGGAGGAAACGCUCCUUUCGUCGUCUUCGAGGAUGCCGACCUGGACCAGGCAGUGGAUGCAGCGCUGAUCUGCAAAUUCCGUGCAUCGGAUCAAACUUGUGUUUGUGCGAAUCGGCUUUACGUGCAUAAACAAGUCCUCGCGCCUUUUGUCGAGAAGCUUACUACCAAGGUGCGCACCCUCAAGCUCGGCCGUGGUAUCGACGACGGAACGACUCAAGGUCCGUUAGUCAACGCUGCAGCCGUAGAAAAGGUCAAAGCACACGUUGCGGAUGCACUAUCCAAAGGCGGCCAGUUGCAGACAGGCGGGAAGGCACCUAGCCACCUGUCUGGUUUCUUCUUCGAGCCAACAAUCAUAACUGGCGUGACACAUGACAUGGCCGUCGCAACUGACGAGACCUUUGGGCCUCUGGCAGCCAUUUUUGCAUUCGAGAAGGAAGAGGAUGUGAUGAUACAGGCCAACGCUAGCGAAUAUGGGCUGGCUGGAUACUUCUUCAGUCAGAACGUGAGUCGAAUCUUCCGCGUCGCGCGUCAGCUGGAAUGUGGCAUGAUUGGCGUCAAUACCGGUCUGAUCAGCGCAGCGGAAAGUCCUUUUGGUGGCGUCAAGGAAAGCGGCGUGGGCCGAGAAGGCAGCCGUUACGGCCUCAGCGAAUAUCGGAACAUCAAGUCGGUUACUAUUGGAAAUUUGGGUUGA